AUGCAGCUCGCUCUUUUCUUGUCCUGGUGCUGCUGCCUGCAUGGAUGCGCGCUGGGCACUGGCUUCCUCUAUCAAUUCCCAGCAUCAACCCUGCAGCACAACUACCCAGAGCAGAGCUCCGGCUCGCCGGGCAGCGGCUUCGCCAGUCGCCGGCACUGGUGUCACUACACAGUCACAAGGACAGUCUCCUGCCAGGUGCAGAACGGGUCAGAAACGGUGAUCCAGAGAGUUUAUCAGAGCUGCCGCUGGCCAGGACCUUGUGCCAACUUAGUGAGUUACAGGACUCUCAUCAGGCCCACGUACAAAAUGUCCUACAGAACUGUGACCACGCUGGAGUGGAGGUGCUGUCCUGGCUUCACAGGGAGCAACUGUGAGGAGGAAUGCAUGAACUGCACCAGGCUCGCUGACAUGACCGAGAGGCUGAACACGCUGGAGGCCAAGAUCCUGCUGCUGGAGGCUGCAGAGAGGAGCCCAGCCCUGGAGAACAACCUGCCCAUCACGGGCACCACGGCCACGUGGUACGAGGAGCUGCUGCCCGACGCCUUUCCCCUGCUGAACCCCGGCACUGUCCUCAGGAAAACCGUGGGGUCUGCUGAGCCUAAAGGACACAGAGGUGCAGAGGAGCAGCUGAUACCACAGGGGAUUCCAGGACAGGUUGGUCCCCCGGGCCCCGUUGGACCCACUGGGCUCCCAGGACCACCAGGGCCCAAAGGAGAGAAGGGACAGCCCGGGGAGAGGGGCCCAGCAGGGCCACCAGGGAUGUUGGGACCUCAAGGACCAAGAGGACUUCCAGGUGAAACCGGGAUCCCAGGUCCCCCAGGUCCUCCAGGGCCACCAGCCACCCCAAGCCUCCCUCUCACCUUCCAGCAAGGGGUUCUCUACUCACUCCAGCCCACAGCUGAAAAAGAAAAUGGAGAAGCCCAGCUGGCCUCCACCGUCAUCGACACCAUCAUGGCAGGACUGCCCGGACCGCGGGGAGCCCCGGGGCCCGUGGGGCCACCAGGGCCACCAGGUGCUUCAGGACCCAAAGGGCCCCCAGGACCCAUUGGAGCCCCUGGAUCACAAGGCUUGCCAGGAUCUCCAGGACAGCCUGGACCAAAAGGAUCCAAAGGAGACCGAGGAGAGAGAGGGCAAGCAGGUCUGCCUGGAGAGAGGGGCAUUAAGGGACUGCCUGGUGAACCAGGCAAGAAGGGUGAGGAAGGUGACAAAGGUGCUGAUGGGGAAGGUGUCCAACAGCUUCGAGAGGCUCUGAAGAUUUUAGCUGAGAGAGUAUUAAUUCUUGAGCACAUGAUAGGAAUUCAUGACUCUUUGUCUUCCAUUGAGCCAGGCUCUGGACAGGAUGUGAUCCCGGGCUCCCCCCUGAGAACCAGCAUCAAGAUCAAGCGAGGAGGACCCCGGCAGCCCCAGGCCCACCAGCUCCUCUCUUCCCUGCUGGAUGAUGGUGAAGCCAGAAGGAGAAGCCACCGGAUGAAGUAGGAGCAUCUCUGUGUCCUCCCUGCCUGUUCUGCAGUUAAAGAUACAGUACCCAGUGCUUAAUUGCACCCUGCAGAUGAAGUGGGUGGGAGGCUGCAGUGUUGGUGGCUGGGUUUCCUUCCCUGGCCAAUACUGAGCCCUGGUUGCAGGGAAUGACUUAUCCAUAGCUCAGAGAGGGUUUUGAGAAUGUUUUCCUUGAUUUUGUUGUUUUGCCUUUGGAAUAGCAGUUGUCAGGUGUUUCAGCAGCUGCCUACAGGAGUGACACCUCCUGGCUGUGCCUCGAGGGUUUAACCCUGCCCUUGUUCUCUCACUGACCUUGACAGACACUCAGUAAAGCUCUGCUUAACUGGCCAAGCCCAUCCAUCCCACCCAGAGCCAAAGCCAAGCCAAGCCUUGUCCAUUGCUGCAGUUGGAGGCAUCUGCUUUUAUUUCCUGUGUUGAUGUCACACUGACUUCCAGGUGCAACUUCCACAGGCCACAAAAGCAUGACCUGCAAGGAUUUCUUUUAAGCAAAGAACAAAUUAGAAUACAAAGUACAUUUAAAAGUAUUACUCUUAAAAUUCAGGUGGCUCUCUGGACUUUAGCAACAAAACCCUGGCUUUUCAUGUUGCUAAUUGCAUAUGAGGGACAUUAUUCUAUUUGUGGUUGGCUAAACAAGGACUUUUGAUGCAAAUGUUCAUGGAAACAUUGGGUCAGAGAGUUUAGACUAUUUCUGUGAAAACAUAGAGCAGUUUGCUUGAGAUAUGAUGGAAUUGUGCAAGAAUUUUCCCAUACUGUGUUCAGCUUGUGCAUACAUCCAGAGAUAAUUAGUUUAAGUGGUGGCAGUAGCUAUUCACAGAAAAGGAUAUUUUGCAAUAGUUUAUUAAUCCUACAGCAAUCAGGAAAAAUGUUUUCACAGUGUUUUGUUUUAAUCUUGUGAGUAACUCCUCACCAUUUGGAUCUGGAGACAGUGUAGGAGCAAACCACAGCCUAGGGAAUUAGAGUCUUGUCAAGAGCUUAUCUUGCACUGGGAGUUAAGUACAGAGUCAUUUUACUUUUUGCAAUAACUGGUUAUUUUAGGGGCAGUACCAGCUUCCAGGUUUAAGAAGUUGAACCUGCCCUUCAGUGACAAAUGAAUCACUCCACCUGCUGUGCUAACCAGGUCAGACAAACUGAUGUCAUUCAUGUAGUCAGUGAUUUUUGUUAGAAGGGGGAAUUUAAUCAACAAAACUGACUGGACUAUGUUUUACUUUUUAAUUCCCACAUUCUGACAGUUCUCAAAUUCAGCCCAGGACAAAAGUGAGCAAAUUGACUUGUGUUAUGGCCCCUGUGUGUCUGGUUCCUGUGCAGAACACAGCUGUGUGAGCAGGCUGGGCUGCACUGCUGCAGAGUUUCUAUCAGAGGCUUUCCAAAGAAAACACUCUGCAGUCCCUGUGUCAGCACCCCAAGUGAUCUUCCCAAGGCAAAGACCUCUGGAAAUGAGGCUAAAAAUGGAGGAGCUCUGCCAGCCCAGCAUUAGCCACACAUUAAAUUGACUGCCCACAUACACUGUAAACAUGGCAGUGCUACCAACAGAGACACCCAAUCCCAGUUCUUCCUCUGAAGAGCCUGGCAUUUCCACAAAUGAGCAGGUUACAGGCUCCUUCAGGAUGGCUGAACCCACCAUGCCUUACUUGGCCCUGCUCUUCAGAAAUCCAGCCAUCCCCAGGCAGGUGAAAUGGCAUAAGCUGAUGCUGGGCAAGCACCAGAACCUUGCUUUUACUGCUGGGCAGCUGAAUAACAACCAGCUGUGCUGGAGGCAGCAGGGAUGCAAGUCCCUGCCCUGCUUUUGCAUCCUCCCCCUGCUUGGCCAGUGCCAGCUGCAGGGCUCAUUCAGCCCACCUGGUUCAGGUUUUACUUCUGAAUGAUUGAAUUUGCCAAGAAACAAGCCCAGAGCUUUGCAGGAGUCUGGGGAGGUGCCUGCCUGCACUCUUGAGUUACAGCUGGACUGUGGUGUAGAGAGGCAAGAAAAUGAGUAGAACUCAAGUCCAGCAGGUUCCUGAGCUCAAGGAGCCAUCCUGUAUUUGCAAUCCCUGUGGGAGAAGGAAAUAAAGCCUCUCUGAAUGCAUCUUAGUUUCACCCCCAGCACUAACUCUAAACCCAGCAUUAACUCUGAGGAGGUCUGUGGUGCUCGAAGAGCCCAAGUCCCUCCUUCCACUACUGGCAGGGCAAGAGCUCUGUUUGUGGCCAGCCAAGCAAGAUUCAGCCAUGGGAACAUUCUUGGAAUAAUCAUUCCAUCUAAGAAUUAAAUGUCCAAAAAAAAGGACGUUUCCUCAUUUGCAGGCUGACUCCUGUGCAGGAAUUGAGAAGUACUUGGUUGCCUCUGUGGUGAAUUGGGACCAUCUUGGUCUGGAUCACAUGGGCACUCCAAGACCCCACUGGUGGCCUCCAGGAGAUAAAUCAGCCAGUUGGUGUUGGAAAAUCAGGCCUGAGGAGGGAGGAGAAAUCUCAGUUCAGUCUAAACUCGUGCACUGGGCAGGCUGGUGCCAGCUGUAGUCGAGGCCACAGGAACAAUCUGUCCUCAUGGCAGCUUCAGGAACCAAACCCAACCAAAGCAAUCUUUAGAAAAGGAAAUGGGGAAAUUCAGUUUCACUGGUCCUGUAGCUACAGGGCUGAAUUUGGGGAAGAGAGAAUACAAUGAGGCCACUUUUACUUCCCUGGCAUUUCAGAGGCUUCACACUGAACUGGAAGAGAAAUCUUUCUUUCUCCAAGUUUGUCUUCUGAAUUCAAAGCUAUUGCAUGAACUUGGUGAGUGCUAAUGCUUUAGUCACUCACAUUGCUGAGGCAUUCAUACUGACACGGAUUUGGAAUUUUACAUUAUUUACAACAAAUUACUGACAAGAUGAAAGGAAAAUUUAAUGGAAGUUGUUUGCAAUUAAUCCUGCCAAGUCAAUUGUCAGAAGGCUGUUCAGGUUUGGGUUGAAACCACUUUAAUUAUUGAUACUAUGAGCUAUGUAACUUUUUCUCCUUGCUUUGUUUAGCCCCAUCUCUCUGAUGAGGUACUGUAUCUUUAAAUGGGGGACAGCAGGAUUACACCAGGUGGAUUUUCUCUCUCUGCUGGGGUUUCAUUCCUCUCCACUCACACGAGGGCUGGACCACACUGUUGUGCCACCCCAGUUUAAUUACAUUUAAAGGUGAGCACAGCCUCACACACUGACAUUGAUGAUGCUGAUGACCAAGCAAACCACUCCCACCAUAUUCUCCAUCAUGGGCAGGAUCCUGAGGUUCAUUUCAGCCAGGGCAUAUAAUGCUUCUUGCCAUGUCUAUGUAACUUAGGGGAUUUAUUUUGAAUGCGUGCUCAUUUAGAAAUAUAUUUUAAUUGAAAUGUUUAGUGCUUUAUCUUACAUACAUACUGUGCAAUACCAUAGUGUGUUCUUUCUGUUUCUUUUUUUUUUUUUUUUCUCCUAAGACUUUUUUGAAGUUCUUGAUGUUUGUUUGAGCUCCAGUGUGUUUUUGACUUGGCUCAGCUCUGGUAGUAGUAGUGUUUUCCUUGCCCUGAGCUAACCAGAAGCAGCACAUUGCACAACCAAAACCCUUUGCAAGCCAUGCACCCUCAUGUUCACCAGCAACCUGGAACUCCUGGGAGGCAGGGCAUGCUCCUCUCCAGAGGGUCUAAUUUGCACUUAUUGUAAGGAAUUGAUAGCAACCCAGGGAACUAGGAAUUAACUAGAGAGAAGAGCCCUCACCUGCUCCCACCAAACUCCACAGUCAUUUUGGCAUCAACUUUCAAAGGAACAGGCCUUACAAAUCAGACCCAGCCCUGGAGCAGCAUGUGCUGGUGCUGUGUGGGCUCUGCUCCAGUGUCUGCCAUGAGCUGUUGUCAUGUGGGACCCUGAGCACUGUGACAAAAGCUUCCAAAGAAAAUCAGCUUCUGGAAUUCCCUCCUGAUGCAAUGAGUGGAAACCCAUCCUCCUCCACGUUUACACCUUCUAUUUGACUCAAGAUGACAUUCCACUGGGAGUGUAGGGGUUAAACUACUCAGUCUCUGUGAUUUCUUGGUUUCCUGUGAAACCAAGGGAUUAAAAGGUGCUAUAAUUGUUCACGAGGCACAUUCCCAGCCACAGAAGGAAAUGGUAACUUCUUCAGCAGUCAUUUUACACAGUACCUUUUUUAUUUAUAUCAGUGUGUUUCAUAUGUGUGCCAAUGGUCCUGGCUUCUCUCCUGGGAAUCAGCUUUACAACCAUUUGGUCUUUUAUAGGGCAGCCAUAGGCAGUAUCUUCCAAUCAUGUGUAAUUUCUUAACUUAGAACAAGAAUAAAUCUCGUCUGACAGGAUGAACUCAUUUAUGGCAGGCUUUAAUGUUUGUUGUAAACACAACCUGUUUGUUCCACCUCUUGCAUGGUUACUUAUCUGUUUUCAUAUUGCUAUGUUAUUGUUCAAAAUAUCUAUUUCUCUUUAUUUGCUAUGGGAUUUGUUACUGUAUAUGGAAUGUUUUGUAUUCAGCAUUUUCUUACGGAGCGGAGUGGGAACAGUAUUCAAGGACCCACAAAUACCAAAGACCUUUCAUGUAAUGCACUGAGAAAUAAACUUACUGUAAAUGAA